AUUCCAACCAGUCAACCGACAAGACUGUUCAGCUUCAUGAACCCUUUAGCCGUCGAAAUUUGGAUUUACGUUUUAGCUGCUUAUGUCUCAGUUUCAUUUACCCUUUUCGUGAUGGCACGUUUUUCGCCCUACGAAUGGAACAACCCCCAUCCGUGUCAUCAGGAUUCCGACAUUGUAGAAAACCAAUUUUCGGUUUCGAAUAGCUUCUGGUUUAUCACCGGAACGUUUUUAAGGCAGGGCUCCGGAUUGAAUCCAAAGGCAACUUCAACAAGAAUCGUCGGGGGAAUCUGGUGGUUUUUUACUUUGAUUAUCAUCUCUUCUUAUACGGCAAAUCUAGCUGCAUUUUUAACAGUGGAACGCAUGAUUACCCCAAUUGAAAGCGCUCAGGACUUGGCUGAACAAACUGAAAUCGCCUAUGGCACAUUAGAAGGAGGAAGUACAAUGACAUUUUUUCGGGACUCGAAAAUUGGCAUCUACCAGAAAAUGUGGAGGUUUAUGGAGAGCAAAAAGAACACAGUCUUCGUCAAAUCGUAUGAAGAAGGAAUUAAUAAAGUGCUUCAAGGCAAUUAUGCAUUUUUAAUGGAAUCUACCAUGCUGGACUAUGCUGUGCAACGAGACUGCAACCUGACACAAAUAG